AUGUCGUUGUUCGUCCGCCCCUGCAGCAGCAGCAGCAGCAGCAGCAGCAGCAGCAGCAGCAAGGGGGGCUCAAAGGAGCUGCUGCUGCUGCAGCAGGGGGGGAGGAGGAGACAUGGAGGAGAGACAGCUGCUGCUGCGGCUGCUGCUGCUGCGGGAGCUGCUGCUGCUGCUGCUGCUGCGGGAGCUGCUGCUGCUGCUGCUGCUGCGGGAGCUGCUGCUGCUGCUGCUGCUGCGGUAGCAGCAGCAGCAGCAGAGGAGACGCAGGUUGAGAGAUACUUGCUGCUGCUGCUGCUGCGGCAGCAGCAGCAGCAGCAGCAGCAGCAGCAGUGGAGACACAGGUAA